GCAACUCUCGCGAUGUUCCGGCCUCUUCCUUGGCCGUCGUUGACAGAGAGACAAAGGCCAUGUUCAGUACCAGCGCCAAAAUAGUCAAGCCUAAUGGCGAAAAGCCAGACGAGUUUGAGUCUGGGAUCUCCCAGGCUCUGCUUGAGCUGGAGAUGAACUCCGAUCUGAAAGCUCAGCUGAGAGAGCUGAACAUCACUGCAGCAAAGGAAAUCGAAGUUGGUGGCAACAGGAAAGCCAUCAUCAUCUUUGUUCCUGUUCCUCAACUGAAGUCCUUCCAGAAGAUUCAGGUGCGUCUGGUGAGGGAGCUGGAAAAGAAGUUCAGCGGAAAGCACGUGGUCUUCAUUGCACAGGUGAGAAUGAUCUAGAAGCCAGCAGCAUGAAUGUUGAGUGGUAAUGUCUUCGACUCUUUCCUCAGCCGUACUCUGACUGCGGUCCAUGACGCCAUCUUGGAGGACCUGGUGUUCCCCAGCGAGAUCGUGGGUAAGAGGAUCAGAGUCAAACUGGACAGCAGCAGGCUCAUCAAGGUCCACUUGGACAAGGCGCAGCAGAACAACGUCGAACACAAAGUGGAAACCUUCUCUGGUGUCUACAAGAAGCUCACAGGCAAAGACGUCGUGUUUGAAUUCCCAGAAUUCCAGCUGUGAAUGCAGAUGACAAAAUAAAUUUGUUUACUGUCAGUA